AUGCAGAUAAACGGACAAAGGAGCACAAGGAAACAAUGUAACAAUGCUGGUCAGCAUGUGAGGCAAUGGUCUCAGCUCAGUUGUGUGUGUGUGUGUGUGUGUGAUUUCACCAUAUCUGGUCGUGGUAAGGAUGGUAAAGGCUUGGGGAAGGGAGGUGCCAAGCACCACUGUAAAGUACUUAGGGAUAACAUCAAAGGUAUUAGCAAGCCAGCUAUUAGUCACUUGGCUCAACACGGGGGGGUGAAGCAUAUUUCGGGGUUGAUCUACGAAGAGACCUGUGGAGUGCUGAAGGUGUUCUUAGAGAACAUGAUCUGCGAUGCUGUCACUUACACUGAACGUGCCAAGCGAAAGACUGUAACCGCUAUGGAUGUGGUUUAUGCUCUGAAGUGCCAGGGUCGUACUCUCUAA